CCCUUUAGCUCUGCAGAGAGCAUCAAGCUCUGUAUUCCUAUCCAUCCUCUGUCAGCACUCACCCCACGAGGAUUUUGCUCUCUCGUUCAGUUCCGACAGAAGGCAUGCAUUGAUUGCACGCAAAGCAAAGCAAAGCGCAGCCCGCCGGUCCAGAAAUGGGUGAGAUUGACCACACGUUUCGUGAAGCUUUGGAGAUCCGGAGACGACGGGCCCAAGAUAUUCACUUUUGCAAGGGUGAAGAUCGGUAUCAGAGCGCAGCGUGUCAGAGAGGAGAUGUAAUUUGACCCAAAAUUGAGACGAUCAAGUCGAAGAAAGGCCAAAACCUCUUUGUGGGCCGCUCAGUCCGAUAGCAGACUGCUUGACGGCGUGUUGGCAGCCCAUUCCUUAAAGCAUGGAGGUCGAGAACGGAAAUGAAGUGGAGACGUUUGUCAUUCCAGUGGAAUUGUAUCAGACGAAUCGGCUGAAAACAAUCUCGACUCUGAAGCAGCGUUUACUGGAACAGAGUAGGCCAUUGGAGGGCAUAAUACUGCUGCAGGGUGGUGAGGAGCACAGCAGAUAUUGCACAGAUGGAGUAGACCUGUUCAGGCAGGAAAGCUACUUUGCAUACCUCUUUGGUGUCAUCGAACCAGGUUUAUAUGGGGCAAUUGACAUUGCAACUUCGAGGUCAUAUUUGUUUGUACCGAGGUUGGAUCCAUCAUAUGCAGUCUGGCAAGGCAAAAUCGAGCCCCCUGAGCACUUCAAGGAGAAGUAUGCAGUUGAUGAUGCGUACUACGUGGACGAAAUGACAGGCAUUCUAAAAGAACAGGAGCUGAAUGCUGAGGGCAAGGCUCUUCUGUUCCUUUUAUAUGGUCAGAAUUCUGAUAGUGGGCUCUACUCCAAGCCCGCCACUUUUCCGGGUUUAGAGGACUUUGCGGCGGAUCGCAUAACUCUGCAUCCCGUUAUGAGUGAAUGCCGUGUACUGAAAACGAAGUUGGAGCUAGACGUUCUUCGUUACACAAACAAAGUCAGCUCUGCUGCACAUGUCAAGGUCAUGAGAAGUGCUAAGCCAGGAAUGAAAGAGUACCAACUUGAAAGCAUAUUCCUGCAUGAAGUCUAUUAUAAUGGUGGCUGCCGAUACGUCUCGUAUACUUGCAUCUGUGCAACCGGACCGAACAGCUCCAUUCUGCAUUAUGGCCAUGCUGCAGCUCCGAACGACCGGACGUUAAAGGAUGGUGACAUGGCAUUGUUGGAUAUGGGUGCCGAGUUUGGCUGUUAUGGAUCUGACAUCACCUGCUCCUAUCCGAUCAAUGGAAAAUUCACCGCUGAUCAGAAAAUCAUCUAUGAGGCUGUCCUGAAAGCUCAGAAGGCCGUUAUGUCGCAAAUGAAACCUGGGGUGAACUGGGUGGACAUGCACAAGUUGGCUGAAGAGAAGAUUCUGGAAAACUUGAAGGCCGCUGGGUUCUUGAAAGGAGAUGUGGCGGCCAUGAUGGCGGCAAGGCUGGGAGCUGUAUUUAUGCCCCAUGGACUGGGACACUUCAUGGGGCUGGACGUCCACGAUACCGGUGGCUACCCCCAGGGUACGGAAAGGCCCAGCGAGCCCGGCCUCAGCUCGUUAAGGACCGUGCGAGAUCUUCGAGAAGGGAUGGUACUGACCGUUGAACCAGGCUGUUAUUUCAUUGAUCCCUUGUUGGAUCCCGCUAUGGAGGAUCCCCUCACAUCCAGCUUUUUUGUGAAAGAGAAUAUCGACAGAUUACGAGGGUUCGGUGGCGUGAGACUCGAAGAUGACGUGGUGGUGACGGCUGACGGUUGUGAAAAUCUGACCAACUGUCCUCGAGAGAUCGCCGAUGUGGAGGCUGUAAUGGCUGGUGCACCCUGGCCACCGACUAGUUCCAAGAAAUGAGGAGCAGCACGCACUGUAACCACUAUGGAACCUCGAAACACAAGACGAAGUUCAUCAAACUUAGAGAUUGUUAUUUAUCUUGUCUCUGUAGUGCUGGCACAGAUUCUCCACCUAAAUUACCUCAAGAAAUUGGUGAAUGUGGAGAAGGUCUGAGCAGAUCCGAGGGAGUGCCACGCAGCUGUAGUCCAGUCUAAUCUUGAGCUUUGGACCCCAGGCAUUUGGCCUCUCUCUGAAUUUAGGCUCAACAACUGCAUGUCCAUCUGCAGUUCCCCAUCUCUUUCAACAUCAGCUUCGUUCCUCGCGAAUCUUUCAAGAGAAGUGUCAAAGACAGCAAAAGAUCAACAAUUGUAAUAUGUUCUAAGGUCUCGUAAAAAUGUGAGUUUAUUAUGAGACAUGACGUAUUCUGAGUCAAAGCGCACUCUAAUCCAGUACUCGACAGUAACGACACCAUUUUUCACGUUAAAUGCCACAUAUAUAUUCUCACGGGAU